GUCACCGGUCAUUGGUCAUCGCCCAAAUAUUCGGUGAGAAAAAUAAACCCAGAAAUUUCUAAAAAGUUAAUAAGGAGAAUAACGAUUUACGAUGCCGUUAACGAACGAACAUUCCACCACAACAGAUGGAAACGGUGAAGAAAAUACGAACUUAUGGCAAAGUAUUUUAAACGACGUCCAAAAACACGGAAACCCAAAGUUGAACCCCAACAAGCAAAUCGUAGUCUUGGGAGACAAUGAAAGUGGAAAAACAACGAUGGUUGCAAAAUUGCAAGGGAUAGAGAAUUCAAGCAAAGGAUCAGGACUUGAGUAUGCUUACAUUAAUGUAAGGGAUGAUUAUCGAGAUGACCAUACAAGAUUGAGUGUCUGGGUUUUAGAUGGUGAUCCAGCUCAUGCAGAUCUACUGAAAUUUGCUUUAAAUGAGGAAACUUUUCAGGAUACUUUAAUAAUUCUCACAGUAUCAAUGACAACUCCAUGGGGCAUUUUGGAGCAAUUACAACAUUGGGCUUCAGUUUUAGCUGAUCAUCUUGACAAACUGAAGCUUGAUAUCGAUUUUAGGCAAAAUAGAAAGCAAUUAAUUAUUAAAAAAUGGCUGGAGUAUAUUGAACCCGGUGAUGAGCUAGAUCCUGCUUCUCCAAUGAAAAGAAGCUCCAGAAAUCUGGGAGACGAUGAUGGAGAUGACAUUGAUAGUAGUGCAUUACCGGAUGGCACAUUAACUUGUAAUUUAGGAUUGGAUAUAGUGGUUGUUGUUACUAAAACUGAUUAUAUUCAAACUUUAGAGAAAGAACAUGAUUAUAGGGAUGAACACUUGGACUUCAUGCAGCAGUGGAUUAGGAAAUUUUGUAUACAAUAUGGAGCUGCUUUGUUCUAUACUAGUGCUAAGGAAGAUAAGAAUUGUGAUCUGCUUUAUAAGUACUUAACUCACAGGAUUUAUGGAUUUCCCUUUCAUACUCCUGCUCUGGUUGUUGAAAAAGAUGCAGUUUUUAUUCCAGCUGGCUGGGACAAUUUGAAGAAAAUCAGUAUAUUGUAUGAAAAUAUGCAUUCAUGUAAGCCUGAAGAUUAUUAUAGAGAUGUAAUUGUACAACCUACAACUCGAAAGGCUAUUAAUAGAGAAACAGAACUUGUGGCAGAAGAUGAACAAACAUUCCUAGCCAGAUUGCAACAGAAUUCCUUUGGGGGUCCAGCCGUUCCUGGUAUUCGUAUAAAUGAGACGGCAAUGAGGCAAGGACCUAUGGGAGGUAUCCAAGCUUCUCCAAGAAAGUUAGAUGGGUCUAAAGUGGUAAAUUCGCCAGGCGGAGAGGGUGUUCUCGCUAAUUUCUUUAACUCGCUUCUUUAUAAGAAGACCGGAUCGCCUAAUACAUCAUUGGCAAACAAGUCGGGAGCAGAAUCGUUACCUGAUAAGGCGACGAUGCGUUCUGACGCACAAGCGGAACUUGACAGAUUGGCGAGGAAAAAACCAGCGGCGCCGCCCAGUACCGGUUCGACGCCUAACAGCAGUGGUGUCGAUUUCGAUGCCUCGGAUUGUUAAGUAAAUUAAUAAUCUACAAUAUUUUUUCGUACGUGAGUAGUUUUUUAAUUAUUUAUCAAACGUAACUGUAAAAGAAAUUAUAUAUUUAUUACUUAUAAUAAGGUUUCAAAGACCCACUUAAUCCCUCCUUCUUUUAUUAGAAGUUAGAAGGUUAUUAAAAAAAGAUCUAAUGUUAAAUACAUAGUAAAUCGGUGAAAUAAUCAAUAUAGUAUUAUACAAUACUCACCCUAAUAUUUAAUUGGAGAAAAAAGAAAAAAUAUUGUUUUAGUAAUGGCAUUAACAAAAUUUAAUUUAUAACCUCUCCUAGCUUAAGCUUUAUUUCUUAUAUUUUAGUAACACUGUACUUUUUCUGUGAUAGGUUUAUUUUUUUGUUUUGCUACUUUAAUUAUAGCUUUUUGUUAAUUUUUUUUAUUAAAUUUAUUACCUGAGUAAUAAAAGCCUAUCUAUUACAAAAUAAA